AUGUCAAGCAGGCCAGAGAUUACGCAGAUCGCGGUCACGGAUCUAGCUCCUGAGCACCUGGUGGUGCUGGAACGCGCUAUCUCGAAUAUCUUGUCCACAGAUCUGGCCUUCGAAACAUUUGCUCAGAUCGUCGACGGUCUCCCGAUUCGCGAUGUUUAUCGGGAUUAUUACCCUCGAACCCGUCCAGAUUUUGAACGUAAUUUGGAGCCUAGUCAAGAAGCGAGACAGGUUGUAGAGGCCUUGCAGGAAAGCUUUAGUAUCAGGUCGUUGCAAAUCGAAACCAAGGUCGCUCAAGCAUACCAGAACACUUCUAUAAAGUCGAGAGAAUUUGAUUUACGGUUGAUGGAAAUAGUUGCUCAUAUAUGCCACGAUAUUGCAACUAGGUUAUUUAUCAAUGCCGGAGGCGGUCUUCACAAGCCAGAUCCAAAGGAUGCUCAACCUCCUCAACUGCCUGGUGAGCUACCACUUGUGCCCGUCCCCCCUAAGCCUACAGAGCUUUAUCAUCCCGACUACCAAGCUUGGGAUCAAUAUCCGAAAGGUAUCGCGGAUAUCACAGGGUAUUGGGCAGAGUAUCGUUUGUUCGGCGGCGUCGUUUUAUUUGAUCGAGGAGAGUCAGGGACAGAGUGCAAAGAUGUCUUCAUCCACCCCGUUGGAUUCUACCGAAUCUACCAGGUUUCCGAAGCUCAAAUCCAACAAUUUACAACCUUCCUAUUAUCAGAGCCUUCGCAAGACCAUCAGACCUCUCAUGGAUUACGUAUUUCUGCGGAAAAAUAUGCUCGUCGUAUAGAUCCUUACGAUGCAAUGUCUCUUCACAUCUACCGCAACAAGUACGAACGGAAAAUCCCACCAAGGAAACCAGUUCGCUGUGUAGUUCGCGGGGAUGACUUCCCUGAAUUGACGGAUUCCAUGGCGGACCUGGUCAGCCGUGUUAAAAGUCGGAAGACCGCUGGUGAUACUUGA